UAGGAUCAGUUGUGCUUCCCACCUGUGUGUCAUUACCUGGUCUCCUUCUGCAUACCCACCCAUAUAGUGGGUGUCGGUAUGCGUUCCUUGUCGGCUCGUCUGCGUUUCAUGGUGUUUUGGUACUCUGGUCUGCGUCUCUCUGCCCUUCAACCCAUUUUGUCAUUAUUAUCAGGUUUUCAGGUUUGCUAUUAGUUUGACCAGUUUAGGUUUCUUCAGUUAUUUGUCAUGCCUCAUUGCCUGUUCUGUCACUCCACCACUUUGUAAAUAAACGUCACUCAUAUCAUCAGUCUAUUGCAUGCAUUUUGGGUCCUCAUUCUCACAACACCUCACGGCUCGCCUCGGCAGCUGUAACAUGAGGAAUUGCUAGGAAGGCGUUUCCCCACACCUGACCCACAUGAAGACUGAAAAGAAAGAAAACCAAUGCCCAGGAGUGCAACCAUAUUCCAAAUAAAGAAACAAGCUAAUGAAGAAUACGAGCAAAUACACUCAGAAUGGAAGGAAGGAGGGAAGAACUCAGGAGCCUCCAAGAGGAAGGAAACGGACAAAAACGACACUACGAGAUGAUAUGUGCUAUUGGAUCCUAAGAGAAAAAGGAAGACAAGUAAGAGUUCAAGUGAGAGGUAAGUGACGGAAGUGAGAGGAGGUAAGUGACGGGAAAAGGUAGAAUUUAACAAAGUUUCUUUAAACUUCAGUAUUGCCAAAUAAAUGAAUCAGUUGUCAUAUAACUAACAACAUCUGUUCUAUCAUCUCUAACACCCUGGAGGACAACGGGGAGAGUUUAGACGCUCUCCAAGAUUACAUCGACUGGUGCUUCCAAGAUUUAAUAAUGAAGAAGGCCCAGAGUGCAUCUUCCCCGGCCAAAAUUGAGACACCGUCAUCGAAGAGAUAUCGCCCGGCAGACUCCCCCAGCACAACAUCGCCUGCCGGAAAAGACAUUGCAGACAUGGAAUCAAUCGACAAGCGAUUGUCCAGUUUCGAUGCGAGGCUGUCCCUGGUGGAGAUUUUACACCGGGAAUUUAAAUCUCUGAGAGAAUCUCUGGAGUUCAGCCAACAGCAGGUGGAAACACUUGCUGCUGAAAAUGCCACCCUAUGGGAGUCGGUCAAAUCUCUCACCGAUAACGUGACCCAGUUAAACAUAGAAAAUAAAAAAAUAAAAGAGUCCGUUAUCGAUCUACAAGCCCGUAGCAUGCGAGACAACCUUGUGUUUUCUGGUAUUCCAGAAUCUGCCAGAGAAGACGUGGAGGCAACGGUGAAAAUCUUCAUUAAAAUCCACCUGAAGCUGCUGGAGGACACCGUAAAGAGUGCAUCGCUUGGGGGCCGCGAGGUCGCCGACCGGAAGACCACGUCCAAUUGUGGCCAAAUUCGGCCAAUUCAAACAGAAGGAACAGGUGAAGAGUCACGGCAGGGAGCUGAAAGGAACGGACUUCAGCGUGAACGACCAGUUCCCCAAAGAGAUCCUGGAACGACGCAAGGUCCUGUUCCCAAUUCGACGUAGCUUCAUCCAGAGAGGCUCCCGCGCUGUCAUCGCCGUGGACCGGCUCUACGUGGACGGACAGCUCUACCGCGACCCCGGCACCACUCAGUGGUUAUAUUGACUGCACUCCAGAUAAGAACCCACUACACUCUUUUCUUAUUCAUUCACACUCUCUCCUUUAACAUGUGUUUAACCUAGUAAUAUCAGUAUGAUGUCAUAGCAGAUAUAACACGGUCACCCUCCGUCAUUGCUUUAAUUGGAAUGUUUCCGUUUCUUUUCUCUUUUUUUUGGCUCACCAUUCUCCUGGUUUCUUUCUUUCUCUUUUCUUUCACUGCUGUGAUCACCUACUUCCCCACUCACCUACAAACAACACCCUCUAUUUCUGCAUAUUCACACACCACGAUCACCCAAACACAUGCGCUCAACGGCAGCACACUUACAACAACCUCACAGCGCACACAGUCUUAUAGGACACACACGCAAGCCACGCUUGUUCAUAUUAGUUAAUAUACACACACAUAGUCAGACUUAUGGAGCCUCUAACCACACAUUUUGUUUUCUCUUUCUAUUUACAGGGAGUGCAGAAU